AUGGAAGGAGCAUACAGCAGAGCACUGUCAAUAUUCUCUCCAGAUGGCCGCAUCUUUCAGGUGGAGUAUGCACAGCUGGCAGCUGAAAGAGGAUCCCCUGUUAUUUUCUACUCGGAUGGAAGCACCAUCUCUGUUGCCAUAGAAAAAAGAGCAGAGAGCAAGCACAAAAUACUCACAGACGAAGAUAAGUUUAAAGAAGUAGAGACAGGAAUCUUUUUAACGUUCGCAGGCGUAUGGCCAGACAGUUUGGUAAUCAUCGACAGAGCUGCAUUCAUAGCACGAGAGUACUCCUACAGAAUAGGAGAAAAGAUAGAUAUAAUGAAGCUCUCGCUGGAGCUGAGUGACUUCGUGCAGAGGUACACGAUAACAGGAGGAUACAGGCCAUUCGGUGUAAAGAUAGUAUUAUUUGGGUUCUACAACAAUGAGCCCGUUAUUUCUAUGAUAGAGCCAGACGGCAACUACUCAAUGUACAAGGGAGGAGCCAUCGGAGCAAAGAGCGAGCGAGCGGUGCAGGAGCUAGUGAAGGAUCCAUCACUUUCUCCAACUAUCGCGGUGGCCAAGGCUCUUUUUACCGUGGCACAGAAGGACGCCAAUAAAAUGACGCUCUUUGAAAUAUCGAAGGAUGUGGCUACUAUACUCUCGCAUUCAAAAGUGUCUGAGAUCAUAGCAUCCUUCAGUGAAUAA